AUGAACGGCAAGAGUUUCAAAAAAAUACCAAUUUCCCAUUAUAAAGACAAAUUGGCCAAUCUACAGUCUAUCAGGUUUUAUAAUUUGUCGUUAGAUAUUGAUGAUCUGGGAUUGCUUCAUAAACACUCCGAAGAAAUACAACAAACAGCUAAACGAUUAGGUCGCCGUAGAAGUACAAUCACAGUAGCAAAUGGUAUAGUUCCCAGUCUAGAGGUGGACGAUAGCAUAAAUCCACAGGAAUUAAUAAGAUUCAAUCUCACAUAUUUGGUCACAACAUUUAUGUCUAUUCAUUUAUCAAACGGUAAACUUCUAUACAUCAGUGAAGUCAUUGACAAUGAAAUGAAUCCCCAGUUUGAAGUUAACUUACCACAAAUGCCACCUAAUAUUCAUAAAUUUAUUGUUAAACUUUGGUGUAAGAAAGAAGGCAAUUGGAGAAUGCUAUGUCUAUACAAGUUAGAUCUAUUUCAAUCGAUUGCCAUUGGGAAUCAUCAUGGUGAUCUUGAUUUAUUUAAAAGAAAUUCGCUUUCAUUGCAGUUGAAUGACCAAUGGUUUAUUUAUAAAGACAUGCUAACUCAAAAUAUUGAUGGAUCAGAUGUUAAAGAACUGACACAGGCGAUACCGUCAUACUCGUUUGAUUCUAUACGACGUCUAAACUACUUAUCCAACACUUUACAGGAAUUGACAAUGUCCAAGCAUAAUUUAAUACAGCAAAUCAAGUGCAACAUUGGGAAUUUACAAAACUACAACAAUAUUAACAAUAUCAGCAUUGUCCUUGAUAGACUCCGCUCCCAGGUGGAUAAGUUAACCGACGAUGUUACCUCCAUGAAGGCUAGUAACGAGGAAUUAUCCAACAAGAUUUAUAACAGAAAACAGAAACUAAAGGAUAUGAAUGGGAUAAUUGAUCAUUUCAAUGAACAUUCCAAGGAGUUGAUUGAAAGCAAAUUGGAAUUGUACAAAUCGGAAAUACGAGGUGUUCAACUGUCAUAUACAGCAUUACAACCACAAUUAAAUAAACUUUUGAAGAAAUAUAUUCAGAUUGUCAAUUUUAUAUUCCCUAUAACCAACAUUGAUUCCACAAAUUUUUCAAUAUUGGGGUUCCAGUUCCCUCAAGACCAGCAGGAUCUCUUGUCCAUUUGCUAUUAUAAUGAUCCCAAAUUAAGUUUGAAGAAUCUGUACUAUGAGCCUCAAUUUGAGAACGAAUUUCAGUUCCAUGGAUUCAAGGUGAAUCAAAUCAAUGCAUGUUUAUCCUUGAUUGUUCAAUUAAUAUUAGUAAUCUCCGAGUUGACAAAUUCAAAAUUAAAAUACAAAAUGGUUCUUUCAGGAAAUCAGAGUUAUAUUCUUGAUGAAAUAUCCGAAGAGUAUCCAAUACCCAAGAAAAUUCCGCGCAAUUUGACAAAGCCAUACAAGUUCCCGCUAUUCUAUGACCCACGUAGCAAUGAAAAGGUACUAAAUGGUAACCAGUAUAUGGUUAUGAACCAGAAUUUUGAAUAUGGACUAAAAUUGAUGAAUAAGAACUUGAUGAUAUUGAUAGAUAACGUGCAAAACUUAAUCAUCGGAUCAGAAAACAUAGUCAGUGAUGUGCCACUAGAUUGUUUGGACAACUUUCUCUGGAAUCUAAAAUACUUAGAAUUAUUUAUGACUGCCUAG